AUGUUUUGCUGGUGGUCCUACGCUCUCAAUGCCAGCACUGGCCGGUGGUAUGCGUUUGUCAACUAUAUUAUCCACUCAAUUAUGUACGCCUAUUACGCCCUGCAGUCGGUGCAGGUGAAGGUGCCCUCAGCACUGACCAAAACCAUAACAAUCGGCCAAAUAUUACAAAUGUUUUUCGGUUUAUUCAUUACUUUAAUGUCAUUUGCAUUAAAAUUUUAUGGCAACGACUGUGGCGUUAACUAUGAUUACGUCGGCGUUUCCAUCGCUCUCUACGGCUCGUAUUUCUAUCUGUUUUAUCAGUUUUUUAAUAAUAGAUAUCAGAAGACAAAGAGCGCCAAAAUUAAUUAA